AUGGCAGGGACUUCUCAGCGUAAAGUGGAAAUGGAGCGGCUCCCGCCGGUGGACGAGCCGCCGUCAAAACGAAGCAAACCCACCGCGCCCGUCAGAGGGGAAGAUGGUUACAUGCCCGGGAGUAUCAUUGAGAUGGAGCUUUCGAACUUCAUGACUUAUGACUAUUUGUUCUGCAAGCCAGCGCCACGCCUGAACCUUGUAAUUGGACCCAACGGGUCGGGUAAAAGCUCCAUUGUGUGUGCCAUUGCUCUUGGUCUUUGCGGCGAGCCUCAGCUCUUGGGCAGAGCAACUAGUGUAGGUGCAUAUGUCAAGCGCGGAGAAGACUCUGGGUACAUCAAGAUAUCUUUGAAGGGAAGCACAUAUGAUGAGAAAAUUACCAUCACAAGGAAGAUUGAUGCCCGUAACAAGUCAGAGUGGCUAUUUAAUGGAAAGGUAGUAUCUAAGAAGGAAGUUUCUCAAAUAAUUCAAAGGUUCAACAUCCAAGUUAACAAUUUGACUCAAUUCUUGCCCCAAGACAGAGUCUGUGAAUUUGCGAAGCUAAGCCCUGUACAACUUCUAGAAGAGACUGAAAAGGCUGUUGGUGAUCCCCAACUUCCAAUCCAACACUGUGCUCUUGUCGAGAAAAGCCGCGAACUCAAAAAAUUUGAACUGGCUGUCAAAAAAAACGGAGAAACUCUUCACCAGUUAAGGGCCAUGAAUGCGGAACUUGAAAAAGAUGUUGAGCGUGUCAGACAGAGAGAUGAACUUCUAGCAAAGGCCGAAUUGAUGAAGAAGAAAUUGCCAUGGCUGGAGUAUGAUAUGCAACAAGCUGAAUACGAGAAAGCUAAAAAUCUAGAAAAGGAUGCAGAGAAGAAGUUGAAGGACACUGCCAAAAAUCUGAGGCAUUUCAGUGAGCCCAUUGAGAAGAAAAAGAACGAGAAAGUUCUUUUGGAUAAUGAGUGUAGAAAGGCUGACGAGAUUAUGAAGGCUAAUGCCAAAUCUCGGGGUGAGCUUCAGGAUGAGGCAAACCGUUUGGAGGUGAAAUUACAAGGAAAAUUUCAUGAAAUGGAAGACCUGAGUCAAGAAGAGGCCUCACAUCAACAAAAAAUACUAAAAGCUGAGGAGAGUCUUGCUGCUGCUGAAAUUGAACUUCAAAACUGCCCUAUUUUUGAACCUCCAAAGGAUGUGCUUGGUAUAUUGGCCACUCAAAUUUCAGAACUAAAAGUUGCUAUCAAUGGAAAAAAGGCAGAGAAAUUGGUGAAGGAGAAAAAUCUGUCUCAAAAGAAAGCAGAUCUACAGCAGCAUGUAGAAAGGUUGAAGGAAAUGGAGAAUAGCAAUAAUAAGAUUUUGUAUGCGUUAAAGACCUCUGGAUCUGAGAAGAUUGUUGAUGCUUAUAACUUGGUGCGACAGCAUCAACACGAGCUGAAGAAGCAUGUCUAUGGUCCAGUUGCACUUGAGGUUAAUGUCUCAAUACAAGACCAUGCCGACUUCUUAGAAGGUCGUGUACCAAAGUACAUAUGGACGGCUUUCGUCACUCAGGACCCCAGUGAUCGUGAUUUUCUGGUCAAAAAACUUAAGGGAUUUGAUGUUCCCAUUUUGAACUACGUGAAAAAUGGAAGUCAUGGCCAACAGUCAUUUGAAGUAUCUAGAGAGAUGCGUGAACUUGGGAUCUACUCACGACUUGAUCAAGUUUUUGAUGCUCCUGACAUUGUAAAGGAAGUUUUGGUUGGCCAGUUUGGCCUGGACGCUGCUUACAUUGGAUCCAACAGAUCUGCGGAGAGGGCUGAUAAGGUCCCAGAGUUGAAAAUCAAUGAUCUGUGGACUCCAGAAGGUCACUACCAUUGGAAGAAAUCUAGAUACAGUGAUCACGUGACUGCGAUUGUUGAGCCAAUUAGCCGUUCACGUCUUUUCAAUGGGAGUUUAGGCUCUGGAGAAACAGAGGAACUGGCUGAAAGAAAACGUGAGCUACAGCGAGAAGUUGAUAAAUUAGAUGAAAGUUUCAAGUCCUUUCAGAAGGAGCUAAGGUUGUUAGAGGACCGAGAAGCCGAAUUAAAUAAAAAAAGGGAAGGAAUUAACAAUGAGGCCCAGCUUGAGAAGAGAAAACUCCGUGACUUGCAAAUUAAAAUUGAUCAAAGGAAAAAAGAUUUAGCAUCUCUGAAGAGCAGGAGCGACUUUAGUAGGCAAAUUGCGUAUCUUAUUGAUGAUGCAAGAAAGAUUAACAUUCAGCGAUUACAAUGCGCAAUGAAUUUGAAGAAUGUGCUUCUUGAUGCAAUUUCGUGCAAGUGGAAUUCUGCUUCACUACACAUGUCCUCCAUUGAGUUUGAUGCAAAGCUCAGAGAAAUGGAGGUCAAUCUGAAGGAGCACAAAAAGAUUGCAGAGGACGCAGCAGCACAACUUCAAAACUGUAAGGAGGAAGUAGAACAACAGCGGAAACAACUCAUAGUUGCCAAGAAGCAUGCUGAAUCAAUUGCAGUGAUCACUCCAGAACUUGAGCAGGCAUUUCUUGAGAUGCCCACAACUAUUGAAGAAUUGAGAGCUGCUAUUCAGGAUAACACUUCCCAAGCUAAUUCCAUCCUUUUUCUGAACCAAAAUGUGUUGGAAGAAUAUGAACAUCGUCAGUUGCAGAUAGGAAAAAUGGAAAGCAAGCUCGAAGAAGAUGUUGAGAAGCAGAGGAGGUGUCUUGAAGAAAUAGAUGAACUGAAAGCAAGAUGGCUUCCAACGUUGAGAAAUCUGGUUGCUCAGAUAAAUGACACUUUCAGCCGGAACUUCAAGGAGAUGGCUGUUGCAGGGGAAGUUUCCUUGGAUGAGCACGAUAAGGACUUUGAUCAAUAUGGAAUACUAAUAAAAGUGAAGUUCAGGCAAGCCGGAGAACUGAAGGUCCUCAGUGCUCAUCAUCAAUCUGGAGGGGAACGCUCUGUUUCAACAAUUCUGUAUCUUGUUUCACUUCAAGACCUUACAAACUGCCCAUUCAGGGUGGUGGACGAGAUCAAUCAAGGAAUGGACCCAAUAAACGAGAGAAAGAUGUUUCAACAGCUGGUGAGGGCUGCCAGCCAACCAAAUACACCGCAGUGUUUUCUGCUGACCCCGAAAUUGCUGCCCGACCUUGAAUACAGUGAGGCAUGCAGCAUUUUGAACAUAAUGAAUGGACCUUGGAUUGAACAACCUUCAAAAGUAUGGAGCAGUGGCGACUGUUGGAGUGCUGUGAGAUGCGUAGUGUGA